CACCAGUAGCUCAGUCAAACCGCGUCUGUCCGCGCACAACUGCACGACCAGCUGAGCGUCAUGUCCGCAAAAUUCUGCCGCUAUUUAUGAGGCUGAACAUAACUGGAACCGCGUCAACACAAGGUCUGUGGAAAAUGAACAGUGGCCUCUGAAGGUUUUGUGAUUGCUGGUUUGUACCAUUUCUGCAGCCAUGAUGUCCAAGUCUGCCCUCCUCAAAGUCAUUCUGCUGGGUGACGGUGGCGUAGGCAAGUCCUCACUCAUGAACCGCUAUGUGACCAACAAGUUUGACUCGCACCUUUUCCACACUAUUGGAGUGGAGUUCCUCAACAAGGAACUGGAGGUGGACGGGCAGUUGGUCACUCUGCAGAUAUGGGACACAGCCGGACAGGAGAGGUUCAGGAGCCUGCGCACCCCCUUCUACCGCGGGUCUGACUGCUGCCUGCUAACCUUCAGUGUUGAUGAUGGACAGAGCUUUCGUAACCUGGCCAACUGGAAAAAAGAAUUUGUUUACUACGCAGAUGUGAAAGAUCCGGAUAAUUUUCCAUUUGUGGUUUUGGGAAACAAACUGGACGUCCCAGAGAGGCAGGUGUCCGGGGAGGAUGCGAAGAAGUGGUGUAGAGAGAAUGGAGGACUUCCAUAUUUUGAGACAAGUGCCAAGGAUGCUAUUAAUGUGUCUUCUGCUUUUGAGGAGGCAGUGAGGAGAAUUUUAGCACUAGAUGAUAAAGCAGAACAUCUGAUUCACACCAACACAGUGGACAUUCAGAAGAAAAGCCACCCCGACCAGCAAUGUUGUUAGAACUCAAAUACACACAUUCAUAGAACUUUUUAAAGCGUAAUGUUGUUGUCCACCCUGAAUUUGACAAUGACAAACUGGCAAAAGAAAAGUUUGGACAAUUAACACGAUAAACUACAAUUAUUUGUGCUUUUAAAUUAAAUUUAAAUUAAUUACUUGGA